AUGGGGAAACAGAAGAAGCCUGAUAAAAAAGGCGUCAAAAGAACGGGACAAAAUGUCCGCGUGGUUCUUUCACGGUCUCGCGCUGUUGAUAAAAGGAACAAGACGCUGCUGAAAGAGUACGAGCACGAGCAGAGUUUAAAGUCUUCAACUUCUCUGGAUAAGCGUAUUGGAGAGCCGAACGAUCAUCAUGGAGAAUUCGUCAAGGAUAUAUUCCGAUCUCAGAGAGAGCGUCAGGUGAAACUAGCAAAGAAGAGUAUUUAUAAUUUGUCUGAUGGGGAGGAAGAUAUUUAUGAAGAUAGUGCUCUUUGUGAAACCUCUGGAGAUGAAGAGAGGCAUCAGAGCAGGAACGAAUUCGUGGAAGAGAUCCUCACGAGGAGCAAACUUGUCAGGAUGGAGAAAGCUAAGCACAAGGAAGAAGAUGAGAAGCUGAUGGAUAAAAACUUCAAGUCUCAGGCGAUGGCACGUUUAACUCAUCUCCCGGAGGUGAAUGAUGAUCACAUUUUGCACUUGUUUGCCAUAGUGAUAAGCUGUGUCUACGCUAUGGGUGUUACCAUAUGCUUGAGAUUGCUUAUGAUUUCUUAUGCUUGA